CAGAUGCUGUAUAGAUUCCCUGGAAUGUGCCCAGUCCAAUGUUACAGGUCACACUUCUGCAUGAGAGAUGGAAGUCGAUUGCUUUGAGGAAGAAGCUGAUGCUUGCAAUAACUCCUGUUUAUUUUUGAUCUGAAAAAGGAAGACCAAAUUGAGUUUUGAUCAGAAGGAAACAUUUUGGAAACGAGCUGUUACCGACUUCUCCGAGUUGCGACAGAUUGCUUUCAUCAUGUCACUCAAGCAGGAAAAGAGCGAACCAACAGAGAGCUCAGAGCCUGAGCAAGAUUGUAACACAAUGAACUUCAAUCAAGAGACAAAAGAGUCGACAGAUAAGCCUCCCAAAAUGAUUGAUACCAGUUGCACCCAAAUCAAUUUGGCAGAAUCGUUUGCUACCAUGGAGUUGUCAUUUGAAACCCAUCAGGUGGAGAAAGUCUCUGUCCCUAACAGCAGCUCGACUCGAUUUAGCUUUCGGAAGCUCUGGGCCUUUACUGGACCUGGCUUUCUGAUGAGUAUUGCAUAUCUGGAUCCAGGAAACAUUGAAUCUGACCUUCAGUCUGGGGCUAUAGCAGGAUUUAAGAUCAUUUGGGUCUUGUUGUUGGCCACCAUUCUGGGUCUCAUGUUACAGAGGCUGUCAGCCAGGUUAGGAGUUGUAACUGGCAUGCAGUUGGCUGAAGUGUGUCGCAGGCAGUAUCCCAAGUUCCCUCGAAUUGUUUUGUGGUUGAUGGUGGAGCUGGCAAUCAUUGGCUCGGACAUGCAGGAAGUGAUUGGAUCAGCCAUAGCUAUUAACCUGCUGUCUGUUGGAAGGUAA